AUGGCUCUCGAAGCCGGGGAUACUUCAGAGGCCGAUAAAUUUAGUUCGGCCAUAAAAUCACAAAAAAUAGAAGAAAUCUCGGCCCAUAAAGCCGUAGACCCAAUCCAAGGCCAUGCAGAUAUCAAUAUGGUCGAAAGUUCGGUUCAUCUAGCCGAAAGAAGAGAAGCGGCCCUAAAAGUGGCUGAAGGAUUGGAGGCCGAUUCACCAUAUUCGGCCAUUACGACAAAUUCGGCUUAUCUAGCCGAACAAAGGCACACAGAACUCGAAACAUGUGUGAUUCAAGAAGAAUCGGUUCUAGAGACCGAAGGCAACGAUGUCCGGCUUGAUUGCAUCUACGAUGAUGCACCAAUUAGCUUCGAGGAAGAUUCAGCUCGAAAAGGGCCAAAAAUGGAGGCACAAGAUCCCUUAGAAGAAGUGAACCUGGGAGAUGAAAAGGAGCCGAGGUUAACUUUCAUCAGUAAAUUGGUCGAAGAAGAAGUGAAAGACCAAUUAAUCAAGUUACUAAGGGAAUUUAAAGAUUGCUUCGCCUGGGAUUAUGAUCAAAUGCCAGGCCUUUCGAGGGAAUUAAUCGAACAUCGACUCCCAAUUCGACCAGAAAAGAGGCCAGUAAAGCAACCACCUAGGAGAUUUGCGCUAGAGAUUUUGCCAAAAAUCAAGGAAGAGAUCGAAAGACUUCUUAGAGCAAAGUUUAUUCGUACUGCCAGAUUUAUUUCCAACCUUUCUGGCAAGGUUAAAAUCUUCUCACCCUUAUUGAAGUUAAAGAAAGAAGAAGAGUUUCGAUGGGAAGUAGAACAUCAAGCUGUUUUCGAGGAGAUAAAGCAAUAUUUGACAAAACCACCAGUAAUGGUUCUGCCAAAGAAAGGUUUUCCCUUGAAGUUAUAUAUCUCGACAUCAGAACAUACUAUUGGGAGCAUGCUAGCUCAAGAAGACGAAAAUGGUGUCGAAAGAGCUGUUUAUUAUCUUAGUCGAAUGUUGAUAGGUGCAGAAUCUCGAUAUAGUCCAAUCGAGAAAUUAUGUUUGUGUCUAUACUUUUCUUGUGAGAAAUUGAAAUAUUAUAUUAGGCCUUUUGAUGUACAUGUUUAUUCACAUCAUGAUAUAAUAAAAUAUUUCUUGUCGAAACUUAUCCUUCACGGUAGAGUUGGAAAAUGGGCGUUGGCUUUAACAGAAUAUUCUUUAAUUUAUAAACCACUAAAAUCUGUAAAAGGCCAAGUUGUUGCUGAUUUCGUUGUUGAUCACUCAAUUCCAAUCAAAGAAAUAGAUUUUUUAAGUCUAAAGUCAUGGAAAUUGUACUUCGAUGGAUCUAGUCAUAGAAAUGGAAUUAGAAUCGGAAUAUUGAUAAUUUCACCAGACGAAAUCCCAACGAAAUUACUCUUCGAGAUAAAAACAGCUUGUUCAAACAAUGAAGCUGAGUACGAAGCAUUAUUAGCUGGACUUGAAAUACUGUUAAAUUUUGAGGCAAGAAAUGUAAUCAUUCGAGGAGACUCUGAGUUAGUAAUAAAGCAGCUAACCAAAGAAUAUAAAUAUUUAAGUAGAAACCUCGUCGAAUAUUGGGUAAAAGUGAAUAAGUUAUUACAAAAAUUUGACGAAGUCAUUCUAGAACAUAUUCCUCGAGACAAAAAUCAAGAGGCCAAUGAAUUAGCCCAAAUUGCCUCGAAAUAUAGAAUUUCGAGUGAAAACCUGGCAAAAUUAACAGAGAUAAGGGAGAAGUUAGGGUCAACAAACCUUGAGAUCUUAAACAUAAAUGACUUAACUGACCAAGAUUGGAGGAAAUCUUUAGUCAAUUAUCUCAAGGACCCCAACAUUCCAACUGAUCGAAAAACAAAAUUUCGAGCAGUUAACUAUAUAAUUGUGGUUGAUGAAUUGUAUAAAAGGGGUGUUGAUGGCACUUUACUUCGAUGUCUCAGCGAACAUGAGGCUUAUAUUGCCCUGGCAGAAAUCCAUGAAGGGAUCUGCGGAGCUCAUCAAGCUAGAGAAAGAAUGAAAUGGAUGUUACUUCGAGAAGGAUUGUACUGGCCCUCGAUGAUUAAAGAUUGCUUUGAAUAUGCAAAAUCCUGUGAAGAAUGUCAAAAGCAUGGUAAUAUUCAACACGUUCCAGCCUCUGAAUUACAUUCAAUAAUUAAGCCAUGGCCUUUUCGAGGCUGGGCUCUGGAUUUAGUUGCCCAAAUUCAUCCUCCUUCAACAAAAGGCCAUAAGUAUAUCAUCGUAGCUGUCGACUAUUUUUCAAAGUGGGCUGAGGCAGUUCCGUUGAAAGAAGUUACUCAAAGUGAUGUUGUUAAUUUUAUCGACGAAUACAUAAUUCAUCGAUUCGGCAUACCAGAAACUUUAACAACAGACCAAGGAACUGUUUUUGUAGGUCGAAAGGUAACUCAAUAUGCAGAAUCCUUGAAUAUAAAAAUGAUAACUUCAACCCUAUACUAUGCCCAGGCCAAUGGACAAGUGGAGGCAGUAAAUAAAAUUUUGAUCAAAUUGAUUAAAAAACACAUUGGAUCAAAACCAAGAAAUUGGCAUGAAACCUUAAAUCAAGUAUUGUGGGCAUAUAGGAAUUCCCCAAAAGAAGCUACAGGGACAACUCCAUUUCGACUCGUUUAUGGCCAUAAAGUCGUUCUACCUGUGGAGGUGAAUCUACAAUCAGUUAGAUUACAACGGCAAUUUGAAUUACCAAGUGAAGAUUAUUGGGCCUUAAUGUUUGAUGAAUUAAAUGCUUUGGAUGAAAUUCGUUUAAGUGCCUUAGAAAAGAUGAUUCGACAAAAAGAAAGAAUUUCGAGGUCAUAUAACAAAAAGGUACGAAACAAGCAUUUUAAUUCUGGUGAAUUAGUGUGGAAAGUAAUUUUACCGUUCGACAAAAAAUCAAGAAAACUUGGAAAAUGGUCACCCAAUUGGGAAGGCCCAUUCGAGAUUGAAAAUGUGUUUUCAAAUAACGCGUAUUCAAUUUGA